GAAUGGGAGUGUUUCAAGGAUGAUGUGAAGGAAAAUGGUUACCCAACACCAAGAUGCAGUCAAAAAUAAUAUAUUUGCGCCACGGACUCUGCAGCAAUGCUAGGAGGAACGGGUUAGCAAAGAGAAAUGAAAAUGUUACAUUGAAAUGCAUGAAAACAGAAUUACGCCACGGACUCGGUCGCAAUGCUAGGAGGUUCAGGUUAGCAAAGAGCAAUAUAAAAUGAGCGUCACGGGAUACAGCGAAACGGGACAAUGUUUGUAACGGGAAUCUUUUUCUUGCGUGCAGACGGCGUUCAUCGAUUUAUUAGACGUUUUCACGUCAAAAAAAUCAGGCUGAGUUAAUUUGGUAUUAAUAUGCAUCGUUUUGUCACAUCUUAUGUGAAUUAAGUGAUAAAUAAAAAAAAUACAACAUUUAAUCGAAUUCUUCAUAUCCGAUCGACUCUAUAAUUUACACGUAGUAUUAUUGGAAAUGAAGAGCAUGUGAUCAAUCACACCACUAUGUCAAUUAGGGCCAAAACCAUUGACCAAAUGUAUGCGUAAGUUAUGUACCUAGCCUGCAUAUGCACCUGGCGUUUCAUUGCGAAGCUAAUGUUCGCAAAGACAAGUCAACGAAAAACCGCAAUCAGUUGCUCAAGUUUCGUACACAUCUGAGUUGCUCAUGACAGAGAGGGCGCUUAGCCUCGCCACUGUAAAAAUGUAUUUUGUGUGCAAAAUAUGGAGCCAUCGCUGAUCGAAACAGUACAUUUACGAGUAAAAUUUCUUGCCUUAAUCAUCAUGGCAGGUUUCUAAGUAAAAAUUCAACAGUCAGUUAAAUCAGCAAACACUUUUAUCUUAUCUCGUUUUUUUUAAUAGCUGUUCUGUCACUGCGAUAUCUGUUACGAAAUUUCUUUACAACUUUAUCAGCCUAACAUACUCAACCAAUUUGAUAUAGCUUCACAAAGAAGUAACAUCAAUACUUUAUCUUGAUUUUUAAAACUAUUAUGGGAGCUGAGUCUUUUCUUGACCUUCGUGUAUCGUAACCUUCAAACAUCGUAAGAGCUGGUAAAAGCUCAAGGUCCAGUUGUCGUGUUGUACUGCUCCGGCGUGCUGCAGAAGGCAGUGGAGAACCUUCGCGGUAUCACCCUGCCGAGCACGGUGCCACACCGCAGAUUAUCGAGCUCGGAGCCCACCAUUAAGGCGACCGUCUGCCCGGGCAUACAUAGCUUUAGGGGGAAAAACCCCCACGUGAUUUGAAUACUGCUUGAUAUAUCCGAGUGGUAUUUGUUUACGAAAAGCAUUUAACGAUGGUGGAUGAGUAGUCCUGUUUUCAUUUUUGACGUGAUAACGUCUCUUAUAAAUCGAUGAACGCCAGCUGCACGCACGAAAAAGCAUGACUCAUUGUCACGUUCCGCCCGAGCCGAGCGUGCAACAACCGGUCAACCACCGUGCGAGAAAAUCUUCUAUAAUACUAAACAGAGAGUAAACAAUGGCUGCAGAAUCCAGUGCCCUGACCAAAGAGGACUUGAAAGCUCUACUGAAACCUACUCUUGAUGCAGAAAGAGCCAAAAUAGAGGAUAUCUCAAUAAGAUAUCUGACCAAACCGGGAGACAACUAUGGCAGCACUAUGCUGGCUAUUGACGUGCGUCUCUCACCAGGUCCUAGGACUCUCCCAAUUGUAGCGAAGAUGCUUCCCAAGUCUAUAGCUCUGCAGGAAGCAUUUCAAUGUGAAAGGACAGUGAGGAAAGAGAUUUACUUGUAUACGCGGGUUCGUCCUGCCUACGAGCAGAUCCAGAGAGAAAACAAUGUACCAGAAGACAAGUUCAUCGAUGUGUUUCCUGUGUGCUACGGUGCAAGAAUUUCCUCGAAAGGUGAUUCAGGUCCUGUCGAUGAGACUUCUGUCAUCCUGCAAGAGAACUUGAGGACCCAGGGUUUCGAAUGCGGGGAUCGCACCAUCGGCCUCAACCUGGCGCACUGCAAGCUCGUGGUCGACAAGUUGGCGAGAUUCCACGCGACGGCGGUAGCUAUGAAGAUCAGGAAACCAGAGUUGUUCAAAGAAACAGUUAUCCCGGCGGCUGAUCCUCUCGUCAUGGGUGAUGUCGACAUAGUUGGCAUUCAACCACUUAAGAACAUUCCCGAAUACGAAACAAUGAAGGAACGGAUCGAAGCUGCAGUGAAGAAAGGCUGUGCCCUCUUUGGCACUCCCCAGACACCCAGAGAACCGUUCGCUACAAUUACGCAUCUUGACCUCUGGACGAACAACAUCAUGUUCCAGUACGAUCCUAGCUCCUCCAAAGAUCACCCGACUAGUUUGAAGUUCGUGGAUUUCCAGAUAACUGGCUAUGGUUCUCCGGCCAGGGAUCUGCUGUUCUUCCUGUACUCGAGUGCACAACUACAAGUUCUGUCCAAGCACUACGACUACCUUGUUCGUCUGUACUACGACAAUUUCGUGGAUUGCCUGAAAGUUCUGGGAUGCGACACCACUCCUUUCUCGUUCGAAAAUUUUAUGAAGGAAAUGAAAUAUGCAUCUGCAAUAGAGUUCUACCACAUUGCGUUCAUGUUACCACCAAUCAGUGUGGCUCCUGAAGAUGCAGUCAGCACAGCUGACAUGACUCACGACGACCUUUCAUCAUUUGCGAAAAUCGGGAAAUCAUAUACAGACAGAGCAAGGAAAUUUAUUUUGGACUUUUCUUCUAGGAACUGGAUUUAAAUUGUUAAUGUUUCCAGCUUGAAAUGUUACAAAUGUAUUCUACUUAAGGAACUGCAUAUACCAAUACUUGUUAAUACUGAUAUGUCUCUAAAAUAUAAUUGCUUAGUUAAAAA